GAGUGUAUCACGGAAGGAGAUUUACUGUUUAUAAUAGUCCUUGCCUAAACAGCGACGCCAUGGCAGGGUCAACCUCCCCGAAAGCCCAGGUUGUUUCUGGCUUGUCGAAGCGUCGCUGGCAGUGGCUCGCCUUCCUGGGGCUGUUCCUGGGGUACUGGGGAAGCGUCUUCUGCCGCACGGCAACAGAAGCUGUUAUGCCCGCCAUGAUGCAGGACAAAACCAUCCAGUUCGACAAGCGUACAGCGGGGACCAUGCUGGCCUGCGGAAACGGUGCAUUCAUCGUGGGCAAAAUCCUGUGUGGCAUAGCCUCGGAAUCGUUCGGAGGGACCAGAGUUCUGACCGUGUCUCUACUGCUGGUGGCGUUCUUCGCCGUGGCCUACGCCAGGGUGUACGUCGCCUCUAUGCUGAUCGGCUCUUACAUGCUACUGAAACUUUUCACUGCGAUCUGGCCGGCCGUCACCAAGCUGCUGUCUGCCUGGUUUGACAAGCAGGAUUAUGGGAAGGUUCUGGGCGGGAUGUCCAUCGGGUUCCAGGCAGGGAGCGUCAUCGCGACGGUCCUCAUCGGAUCCAUGCUGUCCAGGGGUCUCCAUUGGAGGACCGUAGUGACCAUCCCUGCCGUUGCCAUGGUGAUGAUCGUGUGCCUGAAACAGUUCCUCCUGUACGAGUCGCCCAGUAAACUUGGGCUGGCGCCGGCCGCACGGGAGGCAGAAUCACCUGAGAAGAAACCGGUGGACCACCCCAUGGACAAGCUGAGUCUGAGACAAGCCCUGGUGUACAUGAUGGAGACUCCAGCCUUCUGGGUGGUGGCUGUGGCGUCCAUGGCUCUGUCAGGAGUAUUUGAGCUUCAGAUCUUCAUGCCGCUGUACUUUAAGGAAGUUCUCCAGCUCACGCCAGGCGAGGCUGCUCAGGCCGCAGCUCUGUCUCCCGCCGGGGCCAUCGUCUCGCUGGUCAUCGGCGGCGUUCUGUACGACAGGCUGCGUCGGCAGGAGAAGUGCAUCAUGAUCUCCACGUUCCUGGUCAUCACCGUGGCCUGUAUAGGAACGCUGUGGCGAUACAAGACUUGGACAUCAAGCUCGCUGUCAUUAUUGCGUUCCUUCUCGGCUUUUCCGUGACGAUGCCGUUCUUUCUCCCGAUCACGAUAUUCUACAUGUCGUUUGGGGGAAAGCGCCACACGCCCACAGUGACAGGGAUCCUGGACUGUUUGGGGUCGCUGGCUGCCGUGAUUAUGGACAAUCUCAUGGGCUCGUUCGCAUGGAAGGACUUGUUUGCCGUCCAGUUCGGCUGUGCGGUAGCGGGACUUGUGUCCUUGGCUUUGCUCUUGUCUUCACGUUAUGCAACGUGAUGCAGGAUCAGAGAAGAGUUACAAUAUUUUCUAUGAACAGGUGAUUUUGGAUUAAUUUGUACAUUCCUUUUUUUUUUUUGACCAUAACAAAAGAUGGCAUAUCAGGGCACUGCAGUUGAAAUUAUACUUUUGUAUGGAAGGAAAUCACUGUAGAUCAUUCCAACAAAGAAUGAGUACAUUUUGAAAGCAAUCAUGGUGGAAAUCAGGUGAGCACGCAAUAUGUAAAAAGAUGAUUCUAGAAAUAAAAUAUGAUAUUAUCAUUGAAUACCUCACUAGCAUAGAGCCACAUAGAAAAGUGGUGUGAAGACUAGCUGACUGCUGUCCACCCCUGUAUCAGGGACCAUGCAGCAGUAUAAUCUAAUACUGGAUACCAUUACUACCUGUUAUCAUUGUUGCAUAUACAUAUGUGUUGCUACGUUUGUGAGAUACUCCACUAACAUGGUUUCUUUCAUAGUCAAGUAUGUUUGGCACAUCUAUGGGCUUUUUCAUGACCUGUUAUACAGAUGUAACGUUAUAUGUACAUGGCCCGAGAAUAGUUGAUUUUGUAAAUUUUGUCUCAGGAAAAGAAGCAAUUAACCAUGAACAAUGCAUAACAGGAUCAAUAAAC